ACGGCUGGCUGUCAAAUUAUUCUGUCAAUGUUGUGAUCACUGACUGAUCUGUCAUUCUGUCAUAUUAUCUAUCGUCUGUGAGGAAGCGUAUGUCAAAUAGUAUAAAAGUAUGCGUACGUAUCCGGGAGUUGGUUAGUAAAGCAACGUCACGAUAAAAACGCCGAUGCGGAUAAAUUAAGUAAAGGAAUUGUUUUAAUUUUAUCUAUAAAGUUACCCUACUGAUUCCUACAUAACAAGUGACAAGGAAACGCGCAGCCGCAAUAGUCAUGAUGAAGAAAUUGUUCCAUCUAUUUGGAGCCAUCCAAUUCUUCUACGGAUGUUACUAUGACUACGUUUAUGUCAAUAUUCCAGCAACUCCAACUUCAUUCACUCCAUAUGGAGGCAAAUUCAAAUAUUUAACAUACCUUGAUGCGAUGAUACAAACUGCAUAUUUCACUCUGGCAUUCCUCAAUGAUAUUGUUGGCAAUAAUGAACCAUCACCAUCAGAGAAACCCCUCAUCAGGAGAUUGAAGGACAGAGUGUUUAGUGCUCUAGCUUUCCCACUGGCUAUUUUUGUUGGAGUGUCAUUUUGGGCCAUAUAUGCCAUUGAUAGAGAGUUGAUUUUGCCCAGAAGCAUGGAUGCAUACUUUCCAAUGUGGCUUAACCAUGUGAUGCAUACAAAUAUAGUUGUAUUCAUACUGAUAGAACUACUUACAUCAUUCAGAAUGUAUCCUAAGAGAAAAUCUGGCCUUACUAUUCUAUCUUUUUUCAUGAUUUGCUAUUUAAUUUGGGUACAUGUGAUCUACUUCAAUACUGGUAUUUGGGUGUACCCUAUUUUGAAUGUUCUUAACUGGCCCUUGAGAAUAGGUUUCUACUUAUUCUGCCUAGCAUUUGCUUGUGGUGCAUACUGUUUAGGAGAAAAAAUCAACAAAGCAGUUUGGUCUAAUGAGGUUGAAAAAACUGUAAGAUCUGGAAAGAAAAAGGCUAAAUAAUGAUUGAGCUAGUGAUUAUUUAGCUAAAAGAGCCUGGUAGCAAUCUCAUGUAUUUGUGAGGUUUGUAAUUUGUUUAAGAUAUUAUUUUUAUUGGUGGAUGGUUUAUGAAGUAGGAUGCAUUUUAACUAGGGCUUUGGAAAGAUAUUUAGAUUUAGAUAUUAUUUGAGAAAGAGUAAUAUUAUAAGUAAACCAUUUGCAUUUCUUUUUAUCUUAUUAUUUGGUCUUGAAGGAAGUGAUAAUAAUAACCCCAUAAGGUGUUUAUGCAUGUUUAAUGAUGCAUCUGUAUCCAGCCCAAACAUUUACCUAAAAAUGUUAAUAAUAUAAAGAAUAAUAUUAUUUUAUACACACUAGUAAUGGAUACCUAAGUAAGUAAUUGUGUAUAGAUUUAGUAUCUUUUACUAGAAGUGUUCUCUGUACACUUCAUUUAUGCUAACAUUUGAAAAUGGGGCUUGAUAAAAUCAAUUGGUAUACAGUCUCAUUUAUUCUAGAAGUUUCUGACUGUUACAGAACCUAUAUACAGCCAUUUAUUUUGAGGAAGGACAAGCAGUGAUUUAUUUCUUA